AUGGCCAACCGAGCUGGCCUUGAGACAGAAAGGUUCCGACUUGGAGAGGAAAACGAUCAUUUGCCUCUCUCCCUUGAGGUUGUUUCUUUCUGUGAACCGCUUAACCAGAAACAUCUCCCCCGUUGGGUCUCGACUCCACCAACUGCUCCGUCGUGGUACAAGUAUCUAAAACCCCCCAGCACCGACUGCACGAACUCUGGAAGCAUUGGAAAGCGCCAUGUCAUCAUCUUGGGUUUGUCCCUGUGGUUUUCAAGAUACAGUACUCUGUAUCCUGAUUGGUUCGCGGAUAUCAUCGUGAAAGCAAAGUGCAGGAAACUCAUCGAAGAGAGCGGCGGAGGCAACAGAGCCGACGCUAUGAUGAGGAUAAAGAAAGAGAGGCUUCUCUUACUGAAAAAGCAGCGUGAAGAGAAAUCUAGAAUCGAAGCAAGGGCCUUGAAGUUGAAACUUCGACGAGAGGCGAGGCUUGCGGCGGAGAAGACGGACGAGGAAGCUAGAAACGACGUCGCGUUCGAAGAUGGGUGGUUACCGGAGUGGGAAAUCGCGAAUCUGUGCGGUGGCGCUCGUAAUUUGAGGAGUCGGUUUUGGUUUAGAGAGUUUGGUCUGGUUUUGAGACCCGACGGUGAUUAUGAUGACAAAUCUCUGGAAACUCGCGAUGAUAUUGAGGAAGGAAGAUGCAUAAGGCUCAAUCUCUUCACAGCAAAAACCAGUAACAAGGCUUUGUAG